AGGGGCUGGGAGCUGCACAUCACACACAUCCCUCCAGAUCUGCUGCUUCUUGGUCCUGAACUGGUUUCAGGGUCUUUAAAUAUUUGCCUCCAGUAACAAAACAUUUACCAGCAAAGUGCAAUCAUGCCUUUCGGCAACACCCACAACUUGCUGAAGCUGAAGUUCUCCGUGGACGAGGAGUUCCCAGACUUGAGUACCCAUAACAACCAUAUGGCUAAGGUGCUGACAAAGGAGCUCUACGCAAAACUGAGGGAGAAACAGACGCCUAGCGGAUUUACUGUGGAUGAUGUCAUUCAGACUGGGAUUGACAACCCAGGUCACCCUUUUAUUAUGACGGUGGGAUGUGUCGCUGGGGAUGAAGAAUGCUAUGACGAAUUUCAGGACCUUUUUGACCCCAUCAUAGAGGACAGACAUGGUGGCUACAAGCCAACAGACCAGCACAAGACGGACCUGAACGCUGAGAACCUGAAGGGUGGUGACGAUCUGGACCCAAAUUACGUCCUCAGCUCUCGUGUCCGAACCGGUAGGAGCAUCAAGGGGUUUUGCCUCCCGCCUCACUGCAGCCGAGGAGAAAGAAGAGCCAUUGAAAAACUCUCCAUUGAAGCUCUCGCUAGUCUGGACGGGGACCUGAAAGGAAAGUACUAUGCUCUGAAGAACAUGACUGACGCAGAGCAGCAGCAGCUCAUUGACGAUCACUUCCUCUUUGACAAGCCGGUCUCUCCUCUCCUCUUGGCCUCUGGAAUGGCCCGGGACUGGCCUGAUGCCAGAGGAAUCUGGCACAACGACAACAAGACAUUCCUUGUCUGGAUCAAUGAGGAGGAUCACCUCCGUGUGAUCUCUAUGCAGAAGGGUGGUAACUUGAAUGAGGUCUUCAAGAGGUUCUGCAGCGGGCUGACAAAGAUUGAGUCGUCCUUUAAGAACAAAGGCUACAAAUUCAUGUGGAGCCAACAUCUUGGGUAUAUCCUGACCUGUCCCUCCAACCUCGGUACUGGACUUCGCGCUGGUGUACAUAUUAAGUUGCCACAUUUAAGCAAGAGUGAGAAGUUUGGAGAAAUCUUGAAGAGACUCAGGCUGCAGAAGAGAGGAACAGGUGGCGUUGAUACAGCAGCUGUUGGUGGAAUCUUCGAUAUAUCAAAUGCUGAUCGUUUGGGCUUUUCUGAGGUGGAACUGGUACAGAUGGUGGUUGAUGGUGUGAAACUCCUUGUGGAGAUGGAAAAGCGCCUGGAGAAAGGCCAGUCCAUCAAUGACCUCAUCCCAGCACAGAAAUAAAUGCACUUUAAUGGCCAUGCUUUCUAAUUUAUUGGAUCAAUAGCCUCACUGAGACCUUGGGACCCAACUCCUGCUUAGUAACAAUGUAGAAUGUCUUCCAUCUGCUCAUGUUUGGUUUAUUUUUCGUUAUAUAUAUUUUUUUGUUCUCUCGAUGGCUGCAAUGUUACUGAAAUAGAACAUUAAACAAUGGUCUUGCCUUGA